AUGAAUUAUCCUCUCAGGGACCCCUCCCGUAACGACAACUCUCGGAUGCAUGACCUGAUUUGCCCUCUUGCUUACCUGAACUUCAUAAAAACAAUCAUGGCUCACAACGACCAACACCAGGAUGAUGAUCAUCAAAAAAUGACAGUGGAAACGUGGAAGGAUUGCUGGAAAACACCUGAUGUGGAGUUCCACAACCCAGAUUUGAAUGAACUAUUCAUAAAAUACCACCAGAGAAUGCUAACAAGACCAGGUAUGCGGAUAUUUGUGCCUCUGUGUGGAAAGGCUGUGGAGAUGAAAUGGUUGUUGGAUCAUGGACAUAAAGUGGUGGGAUUGGAAGUAGCACCUGUCCCUUGCAAGGCUUUCUUUGAAGAAAACGGCAUUCCUUAUGAUGUUAAAGAAAUGGCAGGCAUUCCUGGAGAAAAAUAUGAGAGUCUAGAUCACAACAUGAUAAUUUAUAGCUGUGAUUUCUUUCGAUUCACUGUAGACAUCUGUGGGGAGUUUGAUGGCAUAUGGGAUAGCGGUGGUCUGAAUGCUAUGGCUGUCGAGGACAGAGAAGCAUACAUUCACGUAAUCCGCGGGUUGAUGGGAAAAGGGUGCAUUAACCUGACCGAAUUUGUUAAUUUUGAUAAAUCCAUGACGGAUGAAAAAAGCAUGACGAAAGAGGAAUUGGAGAAAGCAUUUGGUGAGGGAUUCACAGUGGAAGAUGUUAAAAAAAUAGAAGCUCCCGAGAGAUUCAAAAGUAUUGGUUGUGAUACGCUCCAGCUGUUUGCUAUCACAAAAAUCUAACGCAGAUAGACAUACAUUACUGAUUAUUGUUCAUAGAAGUUGUGUAUCUUUUUAGUUCAGAGGUUACCGUUGAUUUUCAUUCUUGGACGAUUUUGAAAUAGAAAUUUUUUUAUUAAGCUCACCUAAGGCAAAGGCUUAAGUGAGCUUUUCUGAUCAAAAUUUGUACGUUGUCUGUCGUUGUUGUCAUUGUUAUUUUUUCGUUGUGUCGUCUUAACCUUUUUACAAUUUCAAGGAAAUUAGGCUUAUUUCAACUAAACUUGGCAUCUAGCAUCACUGGGUAAAGGGGAUUCAAUUUUAAAAUUUAUUCGAAUGAACGACCACUCCUUCUUUAAAGGAGAGAUAAUUUAGAAUGAUUGAAAAUAUCUUCUCAAAAACAUUAUGACCCGAAAAGCUAGAACUUGUGUGGAAGCAUCCUAAAGUAGUGUAGAUUCAAGUUUGUUCAAAUUAUGAUUCCCAGGGUUUGAUGGGGCCAAUUUGGAAGGGGGGUAGGGGCUCAACAAAUAUUUACUUUACAAGAUCUAGAGAAAACCUCAGUAAAAGCACAAAUUAUGCAGAUAACAGCUUGAUCAAACCAUGAUUCCCUGGAGAAAAGUGUGACCACAAAGGGAGGGCUUUUACAUAGGAAGAGAAAAAAGCUUUUAAGAACAGAAAAAAUCUUCUUACAAACACUGAAACAACAAAAGAAGCUUGGUAUUUUUCACAGAAAUAUGUAGAAAAAAAUUGGCAGAUCUUUUAAGGUAGUCCAUCCAUAACUAAGGUGAAUUUAACGAUUUUGAUUGGUCUAUACUACAUCAAAUGCAUAUUUUGAAGCUAUUAUGAGGCUGACAUAAACCAAAAUUGGGUGUAUGUAUGUAGUCAAUUAAAUGAACUUUUUGCACUUAAAUUUUUUUAAAAAGUUGUCUGCCCAUAAGGAAAAUAAAAAAAAUCAUUUUCUUAAAAUAUGUAUGGUAAACUAUGAAUUAUUUUAGCAUAUUCGAAGAUGGAGAAAGCUUUUGCAACUUUUCACCAAGAGAAAUGUGAGAAAAUAACUUGUACUAAAGAAAUAUAUUUAAAAAUCCAUUUUUCCCAUAGACUUCAAUAUUAACUUCAACAUAUUAUAAAUUGAUUAAAAUUAAUUUUUUUUUUAAAGAUUUCAAAGGUGAAAAUUUAUUAUUUAAUAAACUCCUUAAAAUCAUACUAAGAUUUUAGUGAUCAAACUUGCAAUCUAGUAGAUAUGAAAUAUGAUAGUUAUGGAUGGACAACCUUAAAUACUUUUUUUGCAAGAUUUACUGUAUCUAAUUGUCAAGAUAUUUUGAUCUGAAUAUUGUAAUGCUGAUUUGAUUAGAGUUAUGGCUAUCAUUGCUCAGAUGAUCGAUGGAGCCUCUUGGCCUCUUAUUUAUCUUUACAGAAAAAAUUGGAUCAACUAUUUCAAUGAAAUUUAAGAUUAAUUUUACAGUGGGAUUCAAUUUCCGGGUUACAGCCAUAAAAUCGACCAUAAAGUUUUUUUUUCAUAGGAUCUUUAUAAAACUGCUUUGAAUACCUUUUAAUGCACAAAUGUUGCACAGGAACAAUUAUGUUACUUUUAAAAAAGGAAUUGAUUUUUUUCUUUUUGCUAUAAAUCCUUCAUUUAAUUAAUUUAGCAUUUCCAGGUAAUACUUCAGUUGCUUUUUUUAUUACCACACCGCAAAGCAUUUACUCCCGCAACACUUUGCUAUUUUGGUGUGGAAUUUUUCUUUUACUAUAAUUCAAUCUUUGCUAUGUUUUUUUAUUAUGAUACUCGUACAGUUUAGAAUAAACAUUUUUUUUCUGAUUUUUUAGGUUCAAUGUUUUAUAUCUUUUAUAUCAUUUAUUUGUAGGACGUCUUCGCUACAAUAACAGCUUUACCCAAGCUAUACGUCAACUCUUUGUUUUAAGAAUUAUUACAUGUACUUUUUAUAUGGAAAAAAAACUGUGCGAUAGUAGUUUGAUAUGUAUAUGUUUGUAUUUUAAAGUUGCUUUUUUCAUAUUAUACCUUUUACAGCAUAUUUUUAAAUAAAGCUAUAAAUAGCUCCAA